AUGCUAGAAGCCGCUACUGCGGCGCUGCUCCAGCUAGGUUUCGAUGUACAUGCGAAAGAUACGUUAGGUCGGACUGCUCUUCAACUUGCUGCAAAAGACGGGUACGAGGCUAUCGUGAACCUCUUACUCAAGUAUGACUUCUCUCUGGAUAUGAAAUCUGAUGAUUUCGACGACUCCAGACGUAGGCAUUCUAAUGUCUACCCAGGGUCAACCGCGCUACACUUCGCGGCGAGGCAAGGUCAUAUCAGCAUUGUCAAGACUCUCCUCAAUCAUGGUGCCACGGUGGACUCGCGGGAUGCCAAAAAUGCGACACCUCUACAUCACGCUAUCAUUAAUGGCAAGACCGAAAUUGUUAAGGUGUUACUCGAGGCCAAGGCUGAUAUAUCAUCUACUGUCUGGUCAACAUCCUACCAACCGCUUCGCACGACUGAUGCCGCAAAUUUCCUGGAACGCAAGUCACAGAAGUCGCUGCUUAGCACCGCCAUCGUAAGUAACUCUGUCGAUAUAGUCAAGCUCUUCAUUGAUGCUGGUGCGGAUGUCAAUGAACAUGCAGACGACAAUUGCCCCCCGUUGUUUUACACACUCGCAACUCGGCGGGGCGUUGAGAUGAUGGGAAUGCUGCUCGGAGCUGGUGCUGAUCCCAACAUUAUGUGGCGCUACGACCGCAAAUCUCUACUCAUGUGGUGCACGCACGACUGGCAUCCUGGUACUAUUGACAGAGCUAAACUCCUGCUUGAUGCGGGUGCCGACAUCAAUCACUCGACGGGUUUCAGUUCCCCAUCGCGAUCCGCGUUGGGGGGCGCCCAACGGUCUGGCAUGCCGACUGUUGUACAGUAUCUUGUGGAGCGCGGUGCCGACCUGAAGCUCGGUUUUGCUCUCCAUGAACUGUGGUAUGUGAACGAAAAGGCGUCAGACAAAAACUACAUGUCUAACGAGGAGUACGGAAACAUCAUGUCAAAGGAACAAAGUGCCAGCGUUCUUGGUAAUGACAGCGAACUAUCUGCUACUGAAGCAGUCGGUUAA